GCUUGCUCGCUAUAUAAAGGGGAGAAGCGAGCGGACGGACGGCUGGAGCUGCAGCCGGUGGCGGCAGCGGCGGCGCGGGGAGCGGUGACCGGUGGUUUCCCUCCUUGGCACGGGGUGGGGAGUGGGCAACGCCCCCGGGACCCCUCCAGGGGCUUGGCUUUUUUUUUUUUUUUAGGGCAUUUCUCGAGGUUUUUAGCUGCGGUAGGAGAGUGUCCCCUUCCUGUUCCUCUCACCGCUUUCCCCCCCCCUUCAGAAUCGAUUUUAAUUUUUUUUCCUUUUUUUUUUUGGCUUUGAUCUGUGGUGACUUGAGUCACCCUCCGGGUGUUUUUUUUUUUUUUCUUCCUCUCCCCCCCCCUUUUUUUUUCUCGUGUGUGUUUGUUUGUUUUCCCGGGGUUUUUUUUUUUUUUUUUUUGCUCCCCUCUUGUUUGUGUUGUGUGUGGAAAUGGCGAACUCGGCAAAUACAAACACCGUGCCUAAAUUAUAUAGAUCUGUGAUUGAAGAUGUUAUUAAUGAUGUGAGAGACAUCUUUCUGGACGAUGGAGUAGACGAACAAGUCCUGAUGGAACUAAAAACUUUAUGGGAAAAUAAACUAAUGCAGUCUAGGGCAGUAGAUGGAUUUCAUUCAGAAGAGCAGCAGCUUUUGUUGCAAGUUCAACAGCAGCAUCAACCGCAGCAGCAGCAGCAUCACCACCACCACCACCAUCAGCAAGCGCAACCCCAGCAGACGGUACCUCAGCAAGCCCAGACCCAGCAGGUCCUUAUUCCUACGUCACAGCAAGCCACAGCACCACAAGUUAUUGUUCCCGAUUCUAAGCUGAUACAACAUAUGAAUGCCUCAAACAUGAGCGCUGCUGCUACCGCUGCUACGUUAGCACUCCCGGCAGGUGUGACUCCUGUUCAACAGAUAUUAACAAAUUCAGGCCAGCUUCUUCAGGUGGUCAGAGCAGCCAACGGUGCCCAGUACAUCUUUCAGCCUCAGCAGUCAGUGGUUCUACAACAACAGGUUAUACCACAAAUGCAACCUGGAGGAGUACAAGCGCCAGUUAUACAACAGGUGCUGGCCCCUCUUCCUGGAGGGAUUUCACCACAGACGGGUGUCAUCAUCCAGCCUCAGCAAAUCCUGUUUACAGGAAAUAAAACUCAAGUUAUACCUACAACAGUGGCAGCACCUACAUCAGCACAAGCACAGAUAACUCCUGCUGGCCAGCAGCAGCCGCAGGCCCAGCCUGCCCAGCAGCAAGCUCCCUUGGUGUUGCAAGUCGACGGAACAGGGGACACCUCAUCUGAAGAAGAUGAAGAUGAAGAAGAAGAUUAUGAUGACGAUGAAGAGGAAGACAAAGAGAAGGAUGGAGCUGAGGAUGGACAAGUGGAAGAAGAGCCACUCAACAGCGAAGACGAUGUGAGCGAUGAAGAAGGACAGGAACUCUUUGACACAGAAAAUGUCGUUGUAUGCCAGUACGAUAAGAUACACAGAAGUAAAAACAAAUGGAAAUUUCAUCUUAAGGAUGGCAUUAUGAAUCUUAAUGGAAGAGAUUAUAUAUUUUCCAAAGCCAUUGGAGAUGCGGAAUGGUGAAGAGUUGCUUCUUUUCUUUUAUAAAUAAAAAGAAACUUUAAACAAACAAAAAAAAUGAAGUGGACGGUUUGAAACUUGGGACAUAGACCAACCAAAACUUCACUUCUGCAUGUGAGAAAAGUGCAGUAGAAGCAAAGCUACUGGAGCAGAGCUAGACCUUGGCAACACAGACACUACUUCCAAAUGGCAAGCCAUGGAGCUGUGGCACCUGGGGCUGGUGGGGCAGGGGGUUGGGGUUUUGUGUAGGAAAACCGUAAUUGUUGAUUUUAAAUGCAGGUACUUGCCACUGGUAAUUAGCAUGUAAAGCUUUGUCCAUAUUCCUUCCUCCAACUUUGGCUCAAUCAGAAGAUAACUCGGAAUGAACUGAAGAGAUCCCUUUUGAUAGAUUGAAUUGAACAUGUUUAUUGUAUGUGGUUAUAUUUGGUAAAAAUUGCGUGAGGUUUUUACAAAAGGGUAAGAAUUACGGUGUUGAAUUUUAAUUCACUUGUGUAAGAAAGCAAUUUAAAACUCUCACAAUAGGUCUUAAAUAUUUUUACUUGCUAUUCUCCCUCCAUAAUAUAUACCUCGUCCUUCCCAGCUUUAGGAAACAGCUACUUCAGAUGUGAAGGAAGCAAUCAGUGCUCAAGUUGUAGAUGCAGACUUGAACCAGGUCUGGGUGUUGAUUUUAAUUAGGUUUUCUUACUCAAUAAAUGUAGUUUGAUGACUUGGGCCUUCUCUGUGUUCAGUGGAAUUAAAAUGAUAACUGCAAUUUCCUUGCUGAAAAACUUCUUUUGUUUACCACCUUAAAAAGAAACCCCACAUUGGCUCUUCAGGAAUAUAUCUUUGUUUCCAGAAGGACCAUCUGGUUGAACUGUCUGCACGUGAGUGUAGACGGAUGUUUCUGUCAGGCUGCAUUAUGUGCUCACGUGAGUCUUCAGUCUUGACCCAUCCAGACGGCACUCUAUUCUUUGAUUGACACAUAGAGCAAGUGAGAAGGACCUGGGUUUUUAUUAAGAAAUUUAGUAGUUUAGUUUCUUGUGUUUACUAGUAGGAAAUAAAAAGCCUGUUAAUCUAAUUGAACAUUUUUUUUUAAAGCCGCUUUGUAAUUUGAGAGGGAUAGUUGUGGCAUAGGGUCGGGGUGGGCCACUGAAGUAUGUACUUACCUCUGGUGUGGUGGCCUUUCCAGGCCAUCAGUAACACGGACAUGGGCUCCAGUUUGUCCAUGUGGAAGAAGGCAUCGAAAUUUGGCUUGUACAUUAAAAACAAUAGAAGUCUAGUAAGUGUAUUAAGAAUGCAUAGUUCUGCAUUCCAACAAAGGGCUUAAAAGAACACUAUGGCAGUGCUGUAUCGAGCAUAAACCGGCUGCCUGGGAGAGCGGCAGAACAUUCGUCUUCACCUUUGCGUUCUUAAAACUGGUUUGACUUUUCAUGAAGUAUAUGGACAAAAUUCACGUGUAUUUAAAAUUGCUUAUCUGUUGGUUUAGUUUUCAGUCUUCCAGGUUUGUCUUCCUUUUAUUUGCCUUAGAGUGUUUCCACAAGUAACACUUAAAACACUUUAAAGUACAUUGCAAAGAAGAAAACUGUGAGCUAUCACGUAGUUUUUUUUUAAAGUCUGAACUUUUCCAUAGGUAUCUCUUUUUAGCCCACUUUGCACCCCACUGAGUCGCUUGGUCUGAUUAAAUUCCUUCAACUUCAGUGUGAAUCGCCGUGUCUGGUGUCUGACAACGCUAGUGGUUGGGUUUUAUUUAGAUCCCGUAACUGAUAAUACAGUUUUUGACUAUAUUUGUAGUUUUUUCCUUGGGAAGUUUGUUUACCCCCUGCUCUGAAAGCAGACACAGGUCUGUUAUCAUUGAGGCUGAGGGAAGAGGAGGACGGGAGGAGUGAACUCGCGGAGGUCCUGUUGGCCUUUCCUGCGGGGUGGUGCUAGGGGCUCUUACGGAGAGAAGUGGUGAAUGACCUGAACUGCCUCGAGCGUGGGCGGCGCUGCAGUGUUGCUUGAGUGAACCCACUGGGCUGUCCAGUAGUCCAUACGCUGCUGAGGCCUGGAUCGCUGUAUCAUCUGUAGCUCAUGUCUGGCCCUCAAUACAGACAUGGUUUUUCAUAGUGGCAUCGUAGACUGGCCUAUUUUUGCAACUUUAUCUUCAAAAAUGAACAACUGCUGCUUCCAAAGUGACUCGUUAGAGUUCUUUUGAAGCAGGAAAUAACCAUUUGUAUUUGCACCUGUGUAUUACAUAGUAAUUAUGGCAUAUUUGGCAAAUGCUUUUCUUUUACCUGUGAAAAUUCUGAAAGCUAGUUCAAACAACACUGCAUACCAAAUUGUGCUCUUACAUAUCAUGUAUUGUGUUAACUUUGUAAUCAAAUAGCAUGUUUUAGUUUUAUUAUAGUAGCUUUUAUUAUAAGAAUGUCAUUUGCUUAUCUUUUAUUGUACUUGAAUUUCUUAAUCAUGCUUUUAACAUUGUAUUUAACAACUCAUUUCAUUAGGUUACAUUGACAUGUCAUUCCUUUGAAAAGGCAAGGGGUUCCUACUUUCAGAAUUUUUAAAUGAAAACAUGUUUAUGGAAAGGGGAAAAAUAGUUGAGUCUUGGUAUUACAACAAUGGUUUCAGAAGAGGAUUUAUUUUGAUUUGCACAGAUGAGAUGGCACCUUUUGCCGUUAACUAAUAGUGCUAAGGAGCAUUCACACAGAAGUACCCUCUAGAGUGUGCAAGCGUGUGCCUUCGGUAUGUGAACUCUUGCUGAGCAGUCAUUUGGAUAAUCAAACCACUUGCAUGCCUCGGAGCACGUCUGACCUGUGGAGUCUGACUGGUGGUGGCUGGCACGAGUCUGUAAUGUGCAAUUAGCACCUAGAGCAAAUGCCUGGUGUUUGAGGGAGAUCUCUGAAUUGGGCGUUUAUAUAUUUAUUUUAAAUAUAUAUUUUUUCUUUUAAUUAAAUGCCAUCGGAAUGUCACAUAUUACACUGUUGCCUUUUUAAAAAUCAAAGCCACUCUGGUGUUAUCCCUCUGGGAUUAUAUCAAGAUAUGAGCAGGUGUAUAGCGAUUCAGAUGUGUUCACGACACCUUAAUAGAUUCAGGGUUUAGAAAACAACACAAAAAUAUAGUAUCUUUUGUCUAAAGAUUUUCUUUUGCUAUAGUGAAAAUUGACAAGUUUUUUUCACUUUUUUCCUGAGAUUGAUAGAGGAAAAAGAAGGUGUAAAAUUUUCUUCUCUCAGAGCAAUAAUGUCACCGUUAUCACCGGAGGGGAAAUAGAAGAAAAGCAAGACGCGAUUCCUCCUUGGGAGUUCCCUUUAUAACUUAGCGUUUUCUUUCACUUGAGAAGACUGUUUCAUUUUUCAGGUUAUUUCAUCUGGAAUUUUUUGAGUUUUUGUGCAAUGUAAUAUUUUAUUGAUCUAUGUUUGUACUUUGUCAUUUUAUUUCAUGCCUGUCUACGUAUCUGAUUCAGCUAUAGUGGAUUUUUUAACUCAUUGGUUAAACAGCAACAAGAAAACCCCCCAGUUUUACAUAUUUCCUCAUGGUUUGUGCUGAAUGAUUUUGCAUUUUAAUCCUUUAUGAUGCUAUGGACAUUAUUCUGUACUUUUUAGACCUGCCUUAGUCUUUUUUUUUUUUCCAUUUUCUGUGGUUUAAAGAACACACCAAACUUAACUGUUGUUUUGGGAAACAAAGAUUCUUUUAUCCUCCUAAGGGGAAAACUGUAUUGAGUUAAUAAUUACUGUUUCAGACAAGUUUCCUUAAAUCAGUCCAGUAUCAGGGCUGCAGUUUUGGGGGAGGGGCUAAUCGUUUUUGCUGUUCUGGGCUACUGUUGUCAACUGCUGUUGUACGUACUGUUAUGUCUAAGGGCGUAAAUAUAUUUAUUAUGUUUGUAAAAUUCAUUCUGUACAAUUGCAGAUCAAGGUUGCUCUUCUGUGACAUAUGGGAUAUUAUGUUUUAAAGACCAUCUUGGAAUACAAUUUAGAGAACUUAGUAUUUUGAUGUACUAAGAUCUAUUUUAAGUUUAAUAUUUUACCUUUGCAAAAACUUUAAUUAAAGAUGUUAUUUAAAAAAAAGUAAUGUUGCUUGCUUUGCGUGCUAGAGUAUGAUACUGCUAUGUUUGCUGAGUAAGAACACAGAGUUGAGACGGAAAAAUGCUUCAUGUUAAUGAGGAUAAGUUUAAGUAAGAAAAGUUAUUCAGUUCUGUGCUUUCAAGAUAAGUCUACUGGGAUGUCUGAAUUAU